UACCUUCGGUAAUCGUACAGCAACCUCUAUCUCAGAACUCGAGUGUGAUUAGCAAGUGGUUUUCUGUUUCAUUGAAUCAUUUGGAUUACUUAAGUCGUCAGAUCAUUUAUUUGUCUUUCCAUGCCCUUUCGUCUGUUUUUCUUGCCUUGAAAGCAUAAACAGAUCAAACUUUUAACCAACUUGCAAAAAGAACAAAACCUCCCAUCAUUUUGUGUCAUUAUCUUAAACCAAAAUCAUAGUUUCUUGGGUACAUUUCAGGGACAACAAUCUCUUUAAAUUCCACAAAUAUAGCAUCAAUCAAUCCAUAGUGAGAAACUUCCACUCCAAAAAACUGUAGCUAUGGCUGACAAUUUCCUAUAUUUUUGCCUCUUCUGUAGCUUAGUUGUAUUAACUCAGUCAGCUCCUGAGGAGGCUCUGGUCACUCAACUCCCUGGCUUUUCUGGCACUUUUCCUUCAAAGCACUACUCUGGGUAUGUGAAUGUCGAUCAAAAUCAUGGCAAGAACAUGUUUUACUAUUUUGUGGAAUCUGAAAGGAAUCCAUCAGAGGAUGCACUGGUUCUUUGGCUCAAUGGUGGACCUGGAUGUUCCAGCUUUGACGGCUUUGUUUACGAGCAUGGGCCUUUCAAUUUUGAAGCAGCAAAGGCAAAUGAGAGUUUGCCCCAACUACAUCUCAAUCCCUAUAGUUGGUCCAAGGUCUCUAACAUUAUAUAUUUAGAUUCUCCGGUCGGUGUUGGGUUUUCGUAUUCGAAGAACAAAAGUGAUUAUGAGACUGGUGAUGUACAGACUGCCAUUGACACCCAUGCAUUUUUGCUCAAGUGGUUUGAACUAUACUCUGAGUUCCUUCCAAACCCCUUUUUUAUUGCCGGAGAGUCGUAUGCUGGUGUAUAUGUGCCUACUCUAUCUUCUGAAGUCGUGAAAGGAAUUGUUGCUCAGAAAAAGCCUAUUCCUAACUUCAAGGGAUAUUUGGUGGGAAAUGGAGUUGCAGAUGAUGAAUUCGAUGGCAACGCUCUUGUUCCAUUUGCCCAUGGGAUGGGCCUGAUCUCAGAUGAACUAUAUGAGGAGGUUAACAGUGAGUGCAAGGGUAAUUUCUACAUUCCACUCAGUGAAACUUGUGAAAGCAAACUGGAAAAGGUUGAGAAGAACAUAGAGGAUUUAAACAUAUAUGACAUCCUAGAACCUUGUUACCAUGCACCGGAAACGCUUGAGAAUACAGAUAUUAAGAUUAGACUACCUUCAAGCUUCCGGAAGCUUGGUGAGACCAACAGGCCUCUUGCUGUAAGGACAAGGAUGUUUGGUCGUGCCUGGCCGCUUAGAGCUCCUGUGAGAGAUGGAAUUGUUCCAACAUGGCCACAACUUCUUGAUGCCGAAAGUGUUCCAUGCACCGAUGAUACAGUAGCAACACAAUGGCUGAAUGAUCCAGCAGUUAGGAAAGCAAUUCAUGCUGAAGAGGAGACUGCAAUCGGGAAAUGGGAGUUAUGCACAGACAAGAUCUUGUAUGAUCACGAUGCUGGUAGCAUGAUCGUGUAUCACAAGAAUCUUACUUCUGGUGGGUAUCGGGCACUCAUAUACAGUGGGGAUCAUGAUAUGUGUGUUCCAUUCACUGGGAGCCAAGCCUGGACGAGAUCCAUUGGAUACGAGAUAGUAGAUGAAUGGAGGCCAUGGAUGUCCAAUGGACAAGUUGCUGGGUAUUUACAAGGUUAUGCGAACAACCUGACCUUUUUAACCGUAAAGGGAGCAGGACAUACUGUUCCAGAAUACAAACCUGAAGAGGCAUUAGAUUUUUAUAGCAGAUUCCUUGCAGGGAAAGCUAUAUGAUGCUUGUUUUAGUUCCUCCUAACUGUAUGUUGAUGAUGGCUUAUCCAAGGAAUUAAUUUAAUGGAAGAGCAAAUUCCUGGAUUGCUUGCAUCUCUAUGAAUGAGUUAGCAAGAUUUUAAUGUUAUUUUCUCUUUUAUUUAAAAAAAUAAAUAAUUGAAUGUUACUUUCUUUGGUCA